UUACGCCCUAUCUCGAUUCCACAGUCAAUUGCUGUUUGCUACUGGAAGAGCGCCCGUGCCGAAGACUCUCACUUGCUAGAAAGUGAAAACUUUCCUGUGUUUAUUGCUGUUGACGACAUGAGUGGACAAUUUCAUGUCUAUGGGCUACCAUCGAUCGACCAUCCAGGGUCUGUGAAAAUAUGCUCACAUAAUGGACAACCUUUCGACGGUGAUAAACACCCUGAAGAGAUAUCACAGGAGUUCGUUGAUGGGCCACGGGCCUUCAUUAAAGAGCACGUUCCAAUUUUGGAAGCUGAACAACCGACACAUGUCGACAGAUGCAAGUACACAGUAUCUGAAGACUCCCAUUACGUUAUUGGUCCGUACCCUGGCUCUAAAAAUGUUCUGGUUGGUGGAUGUGGUUCGGGAAGUGGUUUCAAGGUUGCGCCUUGCAUCGGCAUGGUACUCGCUGAAAUGGCGGCAGGCAAACAAGUCUCUAUCGACAUCUCAUUCUUCUCAUUUGAUCGAUUCUCGAAGAAAUAA